CUGCGCAUGAUCGAAAUAUUCUAUCACACUGCAAAGCGUGUUAAAGUAUUUUUAAAGUUUUAUUACGUUUACGGAUAAGAGUGAAAAGAACAAUAGAACCAUUGGAUGCGAAGAGAAUGGAAAAUAGCGGUGAAAGUGGCGAUGAUGGUGGACCUUUAGGUCCUACAACGUUUUUAGGAGGAAGCGGUGUUUCGGCUUCUUAUAUAGGCGUACAAUCGGACGAUUUAGAAGAAAAUACAGACGAUUCUAACCAUGGCGGUGGAGAUCCCUUACAAAGCAGCGGAGGUGGAAGCGGUAGUGGUCCCCUACGAGAGCAGGAUCGUUUUCUUCCGAUAGCUAAUGUUGCUAAAAUUAUGAAACGGGCUAUACCUGAAGCAGGAAAAAUAGCCAAAGACGCGCGCGAAUGCGUUCAAGAAUGUGUUUCCGAGUUUAUAUCCUUUAUCACAUCGGAAGCUAGCGACCGAUGUCAUAUGGAGAAACGUAAAACUAUAAACGGAGAGGAUAUAUUGUUCGCUAUGACAACUCUUGGUUUCGAUAACUAUGUAGAACCAUUGAAAGUUUAUCUACAAAAAUACAGAGAAGCUACCAAAGGAGACAAUCCUUCGGGGACAGGAACGACAGCCGGUAAUGGGAAAGCAGAAUCUCAGGGUACCAUAUACGAGGAUCAAUUGUUCGCUAUUGCAACGGAUUCCAAUGCUACUACCUCCGAUACACCUGUUAUCUACAGCUACUCCUCUACCGAUCAGAUGCAGUUCCAACUUUCUUGAUCAGUGCAUUUGAAACUGGUAUAAAUUGAAUUUUUUUUAUUGCCUUUUGUAGAAGACAAUGGAACAAAAGUUUUCAUACGAAAGAAAAAAUCAAUUUAACGCAUUCGAGUUUGAAAAGUGAAUAGCACAUAGAAUAUUUCAAAUGUUCUUUAUAAAGAAAUACGAUGGAAGGAAAUAAAUUAAGAGAUUUAUCAACAAA